AAAAAGAAAUUGUCAAUUCAUUGCGUUAUUACAUUACAUGUUUGAAUUUCUUUCAUUGAUCGUUCCGUCGAAGAACACGCGUGUAGUACCUACGCAUUUUCUAGAAAUUCAACGCGCACGGAAUUGAAAAAGGAACCAUGUCGACAAUUAAUACAAAAUCAACAAGUUAACAAUUAUUUAUGUGUGUAAACGCAAAGAAAUAUUCCAAAUUAUGAACCGUGUAUGCGUAUAUAUAUAUAUAUAUAUACAAAUAUCCGUAACAUACGUGCAUACCAAUUAACCAGCACCUCUCACUGAAUUUACUAGGCUACUCCCAUAUGGGAAUUAUGAUAAGGCGAAAGAAAUUACGAAACUUGAUGGGUAUUGUCAAGGACAAAGCCUCAAUCAUCAAAGCCAUUACUCUAUCCACAAGCCUCCACGCAACUUCUAUGCGCGUAAGCAUCAUACGCGCCACCACACACGAUCCGUCAUCUCCUCCUUCCGAGAAUCGUAUCUCCGCCGUCAUGGGCGGCGGCGGCCAAGGAUCCCGCACCAUCUCCAGUACGUGCAUAAACACACUCAUGGGUCGACUCCAAGCCACGCGCAGUGCCGCCGUGGCACUCAAGUGCCUCCUCGUCGCUCAUAAUAUUGUUUCAACAGGCUCUUUCAUCCUCAAAGACCAGCUCUCCUUCUACCCUUCCACAGGGGGUCAAAAUUUUCUCAACCUCUCUAAAUUCCGCGACAAAUCAGACAACGACACGUGGCAGAUGUCUUCGUGGGUUAGGUGGUACGCCGCCGUUGUUGAGCAAAAUCUAAUGGUUUCUAGGGUUAUGGGCUAUUAUUUGUGUAAUAAUUUGGAUCGAAACAACAACAACAAUAAGGUUUCGGCACUUUCAAGCUGGGAAGUUUUAUCUGAAGUCGACGCCCUUUUGGACUACGUGGAAUGCACGCGCGACGCGCCUGAUUCUUUUAAGAAUGUGACGAACGGUUUGAUACAUGACGUUUUGGAGCUGGUGGGUAAGGAUUACAGGCUUGUUCAACGUGAACUGUCGAUCCGGGUCAAGGAACUUGGAGAUAGGAUACAUGGUUUGAGUUCUGGCGAGUUGACUCGGUUUCUAGAAGGUUUGAACAGGGUUGAAGAUGGUAAGGAGAGCUUGUCGUCGUUGUUCAAGAAGAGGAGAAGUGAUGAUGAGUUCUGGGAUUUGAUUAGUCAGGUUAAGAUGAGGAUUUUGGAAAUAAUAAUGGUGAAGAAAAGAGAGAAGGAGACCAGGUUGAUGAUCACGUGGGUUGGUGGAGAAGAUCACGUGCAGAAAAAGUCAACUAGGUUGAGUGAGCCCCCUCAGGCGUUGUUCCGGUUGCCUUCUGGUGGUGGUUGGUCGAGUAGUCUUGGUCUUACGCAUGUAAUUGUUUGAAUAUAUAAUAAUGUAAUGUGGCCACUUUUAGCCAUGUUGGCCUUGCUCUCGUCAUGCAUGUAUAUAAUUAUUGCUGGUUAGAGUUAUUUCAUUAUCGAGUUAACUACUUGUAUUAUAUAAUA